AUGAGGACAGAUUCAUCGAAAAUGACUGAUGUGGAGCCCGUGGUCAACAAUUUUGCAUCUUCAGCAAGGACAGGCCGCCGGAAUGCGGUGCCAGACAUCCAGGGCUCAGCAGGGACAGGUGGAAUCUCGGAGUUGCCCCUCAGACUGGAGGCCCUCUCCAUGGAGGAAGAUGUAAAAAAGAAAGAUGAAGAAACAACACAAUGCCAAUUGGAAAAGCCCCCAAAAGAAGAAAAAUGA